AUGAGUCUCUUCUCAUUCGGUGAUCUGCCCACCAUCCAGACCCGCAAGGCGCUACUGCUGCUCGAUUUCCAAAAUGACUUUGUCCGUCCUUCCGGUGCCCUCCAUGUCCCCAACACCCCGGACAUUCUCGAUACACUCCCCCAGCUUGCGGCCGCCUUUCGCCAUGCCGGAGAUGUUGUCUGGGUGCGAUCGCAGUAUGAAUCACCGCAGUCGAUUAUCGACUGGGACUUUGGGGACCGCGUUGUCUUAGAUAAAGAGCCGCCGCGGCCGAAGACUGUACCGUCGUCGACGGACGUGAUUGAAGCGGCGUCGGAUCGCGAUUCUCCAGAACCGGUCGACGAGGAAGCCUUUCUGUCUGCGGACCCCUCUCCAUGCUGUGGAGCGCAGUCAACCGGAUUCCAGUUCCCCGCACCCAUCUUGGCCGCCAUCAAUGCCGAGCAGGACACUGUGCUGGAUAAGACAGGAUACUCGGCACUGGAGUCGGAUGGCCUAGUGCUAUCGUUUCGAACUCGUUUCGUGACUGAAUUGUACCUGUGCGGCUCUCUGUCUAAUGUAUCUGUGUACGCUACCGCUUUGGAUGCCGUCCGAAAUGGUUUCUCAGUGACCCUCAUCGAGGAUUGCCUGGGGUUUCGCGAUUUCCAACGUCACCAAGAAGCUAUGCGUCGGAUGGCAGACAUAUUGGGGGCGACUGGUAUCACGGCCCAGGAACUGACGCAGGAACUGGACUGGGAUGAGACAGACGCGAUUGCCCGCCGAGGUGCGCCGCCGCCCAAGCGGUCGGCCACUCCAGCUGGUAUUGAAAGUGUGAUGGAUGAGCUUGGGGUUCAAGGUAACGAGGAGUCCAUACCAGGGGAAACCUCGCCUGAUGGAGAGGAGCCCAGCCUAAUGGGGCUCGCAAAUCGCUCGAGGGUCCAGCAUGUCGCGGCCGCGCAGUCGCGGGUCCCCAUAGAAUCGAAGAAGAUACGUGCUCGUGUACGUCGCCCAAGACGUCGGGAACCCACGCCAGACCCUAGGGCAGGGAGCCACGCGGACGCCUCCGAGAAUGUCCCACCCACUCGUCCCACCGAGAGUCCUGGGGCUGUCGCGAGUGCCCGCAACUCCGAUGGUUCAAUUGGGGAGGGUGACUCGCGUAUUGUGCAUGAUGUCAAUUUACCAGUAGACGUCUUUGAACGUAUUCGAUCCGAGGUUGCCUGGCAGAAGAUGUACCACCUGUCGGGCCAGGUUCCUCGGCUAGUCGCCGUCCAGGUUCGGUCUGAGUCCGAUGGUACGAUUCCCAUCUAUCGCCAUCCGGCGGACGAGUCCCCACCGCCGAGGCCACUUACGCCGGUCGUGAACGAAGUGCGCGUCACUGUGGAGCGCAUUUUGGGUCACCCAUUGAACCAUGUCCUCGUCCAGCGAUACCGUGACGGGCAAGAUCGCAUUUCUGAGCAUUCUGAUAAAACGCUUGAUAUUGUGCGGGGAUCAUCCAUUUGCAAUGUUAGUUUGGGUGCCCAGCGUGUUAUGGUGCUUCGUACCAAGACCUCUGCAUCUGAAUCCGGGGAGGGAACGGAGCCUGGACGAACCACACAGCGCGUCCCGCUCCCGCACCGGUCGCUAUUUAUUCUCGGCCAGAAAACGAACAUGCGAUGGCUGCACGGCAUUCGGGCUGAUAAACGGCCCGAAUCGGCCAAAUCAGAAGAGGAGCAGGCGUAUGGAGGCGAGCGGAUCUCUCUCACGUUUCGACACAUCGGCACUUAUAUUGACCCGACGGCCAACACUAUUUGGGGACAAGGAGCCGUGGGUAAGACCGCGGACAAGGCCCGCACGGUCAUCCACGGAGAUACUGGCGAGACGGAACAGCUCAUCCAUGCAUUUGGACAGGAAAACCGCGCCACUGAAUUUGAUUGGGAUGUGGUGUAUGGAGGUGGAUUCGACGUGGUGAAUUUUGUCUCUACGACAGCCGCACGGCUAGUACUCAGCGGCGAUCCUGUGGCAGAUCUUCGAGUGCGCCUUUGUCUCGGGGAGAACGGCCUUCGGUACGAUCUGGUGGCCGAUAAUAAGAUGGCAAACUCGGAAGACGGCCGUCUUUCGAAAUGGCCAUCCUAUGCAGAGCCAGAAGGAACGGUGGUAACCGGCGAUCUGGCCAUCCUGAAGCAUCUGGCAGAUCGCAAACCCUCCCGGCCAGGCGUGGACGUUUUGUGGGGGGGCAAUCAUCUGCUCCAGAUUGACGACCUGCUAGCGCGUUGGCGUGAUCACCAUCCACCUGAGUCUGAAUCAAAGACUGUCCACAGGUUUGAAUCUGGGUUAGAUGACUGGGAACAGGCCCUGGAAGGACAGCAUUAUCUCGGCGGAAGUGUGCUGAGUGUUGAUGACUGUUCACUCUGGCCUGUGUUGCGGGAGAUGGUGCAGACUCAGGGUGCAUUCGAUGCUCGAUUUGCCAACCUGACACAAUACUACCAUCGAGUUGAGAAACGGGGAAUUGUUCGGACCAUUCUGGACGAAUAA